AUGAAGAGAAUCUUAUCCAACGCAACUCUCCCGCCUCCCAAACGACUACACACUCUUGCUGGCGCUGCUGCACCCUUAUUCCAGCUCACUUUCGAGAAUGCACUAUCCGAAGAGCUCAUCCUCUUAAUCUUUAGCCAUCUAUCCUGGGUAGACCUCUGCAACGCCCAGCGCGUUAGUCAGAAUUGGCAUAGAAUUGCCAAAGACCAGAGUCUUUGGAAAUCAUUGUUUAUCACCACCUUUGGCCGGUCUCGACUGCGAGGAGCCAAGGGCUUCACUGGGAGAACCGAUGGAAGAGACAUGCGACCAAUGCCAGGCCGAGCCCAGCCAUCAACAGAGGCGAAAGACUGGCGCUCCAUGUUCAGAAUCAGUUUUCGCUGGAAGACAGGACGUUGCACUACCGAACAUAUCGAGGGUAUUCUCAAGCCUCAUAAACGUCCAACUCCAAAGCCGCCUCACGUCUUAUUGGCCGGCUCUACCACCAUCAUUGCUUCCUCUGAAGACUCAAGUAAUCCUGAGAUCCAUUGUCUGCAAAGUUCAGGUUCCCCGAAGCAAAUACUCCGCUGCGGUUCUCCUCGGCAUCCACAUUCGUGUCAUAUCACGGCCAUUGCGCUUGACCAGUCUCCGCCGACCAUAACUGGCACUUUACGACUGGCGGUCUUCCUUUCGACGGGAGAAUUCCUUGUCUUUUCCGUUCACCCAUCAAAUCCUUCUUCAACUAUUCGCUUGUUCUCCUACAUACCAGCCCGUCAGGUGGCCAUCGUUCGUCAAUCCGUAUAUCACCAUCCAUUACUCGUAAGCCUCUCGGAGGCCUUUGUAAUAGCGCUGUACGAUUUAUCAUCAGAAAGCGUUCGGCACACACAAUCCCUCAGUUCUUACUCCACAUUCCCCCCUUCUUCCAUGAUUUUGUCAACACAAACGCCAGGGUCCCGGAGUAUGGUCUACAAAUUGGUUCUGACUUACUCAGUCCCGAUCUUUCCGUUGCAUUACUCUCUAGGUGUCACGGAGCUUUUAAUAUCAUGCUCUGCCUCUCACGUUUCGAACUCGACGUCGUCUUCUACUCCGUUCUCGUUUGAAUCUCCGAGCGAAAUGUCUGUCAUCUCAACAAGAACGACACGCGCACUUGAUGUUCCGCAAGGCUGGAUUGACCAAGAAAAGCUACAAGCCAUGAAGGACCAGUGGGGACGUAAAGUAUUGCAUAUUCAAGAUACUCGGUCCGAUGGGAAAUGGGUUGUCCUGGCUCCUGGCGAAGGGCGGACCAGCGCUCCGUCCGUUACGGAUGCCGAAAGCCUGUCUCCUUACACGCUGUCCGGCAACUCUGGAGGUAGCUUGCAACUCUACCGGCUGUUCCUGCCUCCAGUGACCUCAGUGGCUUCCCCGCCGCCUAAAUUAGCGUUUACGCGCUACCUUUAUCACACAGUGGGCACGGUAACAUCCAUGUCUAUCGCUGAUGGGCGUUGUGUAACACUGGGCAAAACGAUGGUCUGCAUCUGGGACCUCGAGUCCGGAACGAGUGCCGAAGUUGCUCUACCAGAAUCGAUGUGCAAUGGGGAGCCAGAGCAAGGGACUGUUGCAUUCGAUGAUAGGAGAAUUAUCACAGCACGUGGCGGCACCGUGCUCGUCCACCGCUUCGAUUAG